GGCUAUGGGGCCAUGCGCGGGGAUCUCGUCUCCGUACGGUACGAGGCAACCAAGGACCACGUCGCGUACGCAUUCGCAAAGGCUAUGGAGGAUUUCGAGUAGGAUGGAAACCGGGCUUGGGCUCCACCACUCGCUCGAGACAAUCAGUCAGGAGUCCUACUCGACGCCGGCAGCCAUUCUGCCUCUUCAAGCUGCCGUAAAUCCCAUUUGGUGACGACAGGUGCAGAUGGGACGCUGCUCCGCACCUCCCACAGUGACAGACAGCAACAUCUACAUGUCGUACUCGUGUCCCGGCGAGCGUGCAAUAUCCCGCAGGAGUCUCCGGGGGGGAUGCGGGUGGAAGAUAAGCUUGACCGCCGGGAAGAGGUUCAGAUCCGGACAGCCACAUGGCUGAUGAGCUACUAUCUACCCCCCUUCGCUGGUAUAGAACAGCUAAAAAGCCCUUAUAACCCCCCCCUCAAGCCUCUGCGAAGCAGGGUGAGUCUCUCCGACCAUUCUUUACCGAGAUAUAGAAUGUUCCUCAUAUGGCAGGCGGUCCUGCGAUCCUGGUUACGGGUUGAAAAACGAUGGGGUAACAUGUACCUAGUCGUAGUGGCUGUCUCGGUAUUCCGCCAUUCUUCCCCUUCCCUCAGUGACAUUCUGUACCACCGCUUCCACCUCGGCACCCUCUUAGAAUCAAUCGCUCCCUUUUCGUUGGCCACAUCUCUCAGUAGAUGCGCCCAUCUCGAUGGAGCGAGACAUACACGCAUAGCCCCCAUGUUGUUACACGUCAGAGAGCCUGCGCAGCGCCUCUUCGUUCCAUGAUGACGGGCUUCAAUGUCGGGAAACUCCGUGGCCCCCAUAGUUGCUCCCGAGCUGACUAG